AUCCCCGAGUGUGUUUGUACCGCAGCGGCAAUUAGCCAAAAACCAGCCAAACAAGCUGCUGUGUAUUGUUAUCGCUUUAGUUGUGUUUCCACUUCAGUCACAUUGCAUUGUUCAAGUGUGGGUGAAUUUAGUUUUCUUUGUUGUGUUGUUCACUCGUUUUUUGUUUUGUCUGAUGUUAAAAGUGCCACAAGCAAUUGCCAUAUUUAAAUUGGCUCACACAUUUGCAGUCAUUUCACGCGUAAACGUCGCCGAGACCUGGUCGAAAACUUUGUAACUGUGCAUUCAUUAACCAAGCCAACAAAUCGAAUAUGAAGGUGUUGGCACCGCUAUUGGUGGUACUUGCCUUGAGUGUGCAACGCUCCUGUUCGGCGGGCGAUGAUCUUAUAUACGGUUACGAGUGUCAGCAGAGUAGAUGUGUGAAAGUUGAGCUAGAUGCGCAGAACUUCCAGAAGGCCAUAAGUCUGCCAGUGUGUCGGCUGUUCUGUAGCGAUGGUGUGCCCGGCACCAUUUGGCCACGUCCAAGUGGACUUGUUAAUUUCGACAAUUACAUGUUAACAGUUGAUCCAGAAAACAUACAAUUUAUUUUGCCCACCUUAAGCAAGCAAGCACAUCUUUGGGCUGCCAGCAAGGAGCGUUUCAUGCAAAUGCUUUACGCAGGCGUGCCGAAUAAGAAUGUAUUAAGGAAAGGUGGUCGUCCAUUAAUUGUGACAGUGGAAUUGCAAUCAACUCUGGAUGAUGUUGUGCCUAAGCUAACUUUAGACACAGACGAAAGUUAUACGCUACAAAUUAGCUCAAGCAAUAAUAGUGCGGCCACGGCUACAAUUACAGCAAGCAAUUACUUCGGCGCUCGUCACGGCCUGGAGACGUUAUCGCAAGUACUUAUUUACGACGAUAUUAGACGUGAGUUACAGAUAUUGGCUCGUGCUGAUAUUGAUGAUAAACCAGCGUUCAAGUGGCGCGGUUUGCUUUUAGAUACAUCGCGUAAUUUCUUCAGCGUGAAGUCAAUAAAACGUACGCUAGAUGCAAUGGCCUUGGUGAAAUUGAACACAUUCCACUGGCACAUCACUGAUUCGCACAGCUUUCCACUGGAAGUUAAAUCACAACCUGAACUAUAUAAAUUAGGCGCCUAUUCACCACGUAAGGUUUAUAGUCAUGAAGAUAUUGCAGAUAUUGUGGAAUAUGGACGUGUGCGUGGCAUACGUGUGAUGCCGGAAUUCGAUGCACCGGCGCAUGUCGGUGAGGGCUGGCAACAUAAGGAUAUGAUUGCUUGUUUCAAUGCGCAGCCAUGGAAAAAUUAUUGCGUGGAGCCACCGUGUGGUCAAUUCGAUCCCACCGUUGAAGAUUUAUAUCCCAUUUUAGAGGAUAUAUAUCGUGAAAUGUUCGAACUCUUCGAUCCGGAUGUAUUUCAUAUGGGUGGUGAUGAAGUAUCUGUUGAUUGUUGGAAUAGUAGCAAGCGCAUUCAAGACUGGAUGCUUCAGAAGGGUUGGGGCUUAAAAGAAUCUGAUUUUAUACGUCUCUGGGGACAUUUUCAAACAGAAGCGCUAAACCGCGUCGAUACAAUUGCACACUCGCAACAACCCUCCAUCACACUGUGGACUAGUCGUCUCACUGAUGUACCGUACAUCGAUGAUUACUUGGAUAAAGAACGCUACAACAUACAAAUAUGGACUACGGGAGGUGACAGCAAAAUUAAAGACAUUCUAAAACGUGGUUAUCGCAUUAUAAUAUCAAAUUAUGAUGCGCUCUAUUUCGAUUGUGGCGGUCCUGGUUGGGUGCAGGGUGGCAACAAUUGGUGUUCACCAUAUAUUGGCUGGCAGAAGGUGUAUGACAACGAUUUGGACAACAUUGCUGGCGAUUACAAGUCUCAAGUUUUGGGCGCAGAGGCAGCUAUUUGGUCGGAGCAAAUUGACGAGCACACUUUGGAUUCACGUUUCUGGCCACGAGCAAGUGCUUUGGCGGAGCGUUUGUGGUCGAAUCCGAAACAGUCUUGGCGUUCGGCAGAAGCGCGUAUGCUCUAUCAUCGACAACGUUUGUCAGAAUUGGAUAUUGGUGCGGAAUCAAUGCAACCGGAGUGGUGCUUACAGAACGAAAACCAAUGUCCCAUAGAUGCUUACGAUCAAAAAUUUUGAAUCUGAAAGUAGUACUCAUCUUGCUUGUGUUCGCAAUAAUACUGAUUUUAGGUCUGUUUGAUGUAGAAUAUCCAACAGCAAAUCGGAAUGUUUUCGGAGAAAUGUCAACUUUUCGCAUGCAGAGAAAAGUAUCUAAAAGGUUCAAAGAACAGAAAGUCUAGCUGAUUAUUUGGGUUAUAUUACACGGUACAUUCUAAGAAACGUAAUUUAUACACUAGACGGUUUUAGAUAUUAUAUAGCAAACAUACCUAUUAUCUUACUUGUAACUGUAAUACAUAUUUUUGAAAUGUAUAUGCGAGAGUUGUUAAUAAAAAUGACGGUUUUUGAAUAGAA